GUGAGAGGGAUAACACAGCGCUGCUGGUGCUGUUGAGUGUUCGCACGUGAGAUGACUUGGACCUAUACACAGGGCCAGCAAGCAUGAUAAGUGCACCACACUGGCCAGGCCUCCUGGCCUCAGCUACCCUGGUGGCUGCUGCUACCCUGUGGACCUUGUGGGUUAUUGUGGCCUCACCGAGGAGCUUUUCUAGUCACUUAAGCCUAGUGAAUAGGGCAGAGGACUCUGCCUUAAGAGGAACUCCGUCAGUCCAAGAGUGGACAGCAGACGACGGUGGUGGGCGUGUGUGGGUGAGGGCUGAGGCCGCCCACCCGCCCAGCGAGGGUGGGCGUGGCGGUGGGCGGGUGUACAGGUGGGAGGCACUGGGUAGGGAGUGGGUGGUUGAGGUGUGGGCGGACGCUAGUUUCCUCUCUCCGUCCACCUUAAUGAGACAUGAGUCCGCCCACGAAGCGACGGUCACCACGCCCACGCUCCACGCCCACUGCUUCCAUACGGGCGUGCUUCUAGGAUACAACGAUUCUGCUGUGGCUCUUAACGUCUGCAGAGGACUGGUGAGUAGAAGGAUACCAAUUACGUGGUCACCUCGCCUGCCCAUACUCGUCUCUCUAACUUCUCGGGGAUGUGACCUUCAUGUCUACCUUCCACCUGCAGACUCGGGUCAUGUCUGCCUGCCCAUGGCAGCUGAGACUGCUUGUGUCGAUAUAACAGCUGCUUAG